GCGCACAAGUGACUUCCAACGUCAUUUCCAGGGGAGCCUCGAGCCAAGCGCUCUCUUCGAUUAAAGCGCAAUCAUGGGCCGUAUGCACGCUCCCGGAAAGGGUCUCUCCCAGUCCGCGCUGCCCUACAGGCGCAGUGUACCCACGUGGCUGAAACUUACGUCGGAUGACGUGAGAGAACAGAUCUUCAAGUUGGCCAAGAAAGGUUUGACUCCCUCACAGAUCGGUGUAAUCCUGAGGGACUCUCAUGGUGUCGCCCAGGUGCGCUUUGUCGCAGGCAACAAGAUCCUUAGGAUCCUCAAGUCCAAGGGCCUGGCGCCAGACCUCCCUGAAGACCUCUACCACCUGAUCAAGAAGGCUGUUGCUGUGAGGAAGCAUCUGGAAAGGAACAGGAAGGAUAAAGAUGCCAAAUUCCGUCUGAUUCUCAUCGAGAGCAGGAUCCACAGACUGGCCCGUUACUAUAAGACCAAGAGAGUACUCCCACCCAACUGGAAGUAUGAAUCUUCCACAGCUUCUGCUCUAGUGGCAUAAAUCCAAGAUUUUCAAUAAAUGUAAUUUGAUUGAACCCCU